AAUUGGACGUGCACCUUAGCGGCUCAUUUGGAAUAUCUGUCAACUUUUUGUGUUUUCCAUAAUCACCAUGCCGGCAGUGCAAAGGAGGGUAUACAAGGUGGAUAAAAUGCAGAAAGCAGAGGAUAGAAUCAAAUCCAAUCCAUGGGACAUAGAGGCAUGGAGUGUCCUUCUUCGUGAUGCCCAGGGCAGAAGGAUUGAUGAAGCCAGAGAGACUUUUGAGCGUAUAGUCGCCCAAUUUCCUGUAGCUGGACAAUAUUGGAAGACAUAUAUAAAUCAAGAGUUGAAAGCGAAAAACUAUGAAAAGGUUGAAAAGUUGUUUCAACGUUGUCUGGUUAAAAUUUUAAGUAUCGACCUUUGGAAGAUUUAUUUGCAGUAUAUUAGGGAGACGAAAGGGAAGCAGCAAUCAUUUAAAGAAAAGAUGGCUCAGGCUUAUGACUUCACCCUCGACAAGAUGGGCUUGGACUUGAAUUCCUAUUCUAUUUGGGCAGAUUAUAUAUCCUUCUUGCGUUCAACUCAGGUUCAAGGCUCAUAUGCCGAAAGUCAAAAAAUAACAGCAACUAGACGCGUAUAUCAACGUGCCAUUGUCACUCCUAUGCUUGGCAUUGAGACUAUUUGGCGUGACUAUUGUAUGUAUGAAAAUUCAAUCAAUCCACUUAUUGCUAAGAAGUUUACUGAGGAACGUUGCCGGGACUACAUGAACGCGCGUCGUGUGGCCAAAGAAUACGAAGUAAUUACCAAAGGAUUGUCUCGAACAAUGCCAUCGGUACCACCCCAGAAUACACCGAAUGAAGCUAAGCAGGUUGAACUUUGGAAGAAGUACAUCCAAUGGGAAAAAGACAAUCCAUUAAGAACAGAAGAUAUUAUCACUGUCACAAAAAGGGUCAUGUUUGCAUACGAACAGUGUCUUCUCUGCCUUGGACACCAUCCUGAUAUAUGGUAUGAAGCUGCUAGUUAUCUGGACCAUGCAAGCAAAGUUUUGGCGGAAAAAGGAGAUCAAACAACUGCUAGACAAUUUGCUAAUGAGACAGCUGCAAUGUAUGAAAGAGCUAUUGCCUUGCUUAAAACAAACAUGAUGUUAUAUUUUGCCUAUGCUGAUUACGAAGAAGGUCGAUGUAAAUAUGCAAAGGUUCAUUCCAUCUACAAAAAAUUAGUUUCGUUAGAGAAUAUUGAUCCGACAUUGCCCUAUAUCCAGUAUAUGAGAUUUGCCAGACGUUCUGAAGGUAUCACAUCUGCCAGGUAUGUAUUCAAACUUGCUCGUGAUGAUCCACGCAUUACCUAUCAUGUAUAUUGCAGUGCAGCUCUCAUGGAAUAUUUCUGUAGUAAAGAUAAAACUAUUGGACAUAAAAUAUUUGAACUUGGCAUGAAACGUUUUGGCGGUAUCGCUGAAUAUGUAUUGUGUUAUGUGGAUUUUAUGGCUCACUUGAAUGAAGAUAAUAACAUACGUGUCCUAUUCGAACGUGCUUUAGGAUCGAAUCAGAUAUCACAAGAACGUGCUCGUCUUAUAUGGGCAAGAUUUUUACAGUUUGAAUCACAGGUUGGUGAUUUAGCAAGUAUACUGAAGGUGGAGAAACGUCGUCUACAGGAACUUGGUACUGCGAAAGAGUUCUCAAGGCUGGAAACUGCCCUGCUGAUUGAUCGCUAUCGAUUUUUGGAUUUAUUACCUUGUUCUGAUUCAGAACUUCGAUCUCUUGGAUAUCGAGAAUUAACUCGUUUUCAGUUGGCCGGUCUUAGUAAAGGCCAUGACGAUAUUCUCUGUGGUAUAAUCUCUUCCCAUGGUGCAGCUGGAGUUUCUUUAGGCUCCACUCUUCCUGGUAUACCAGGUAGUGGUGUAGUAGUAAGCGAUUCUUUUGUACCAGUAAUCGGUGGAGUUAUUAAAAAGCCAACCUAUCCUCAGCCUGAUGUUGCUCAAAUGCUACCGUUUAAACCAAAGGCAUAUCCUCGUACAGGUAGUCAUCCUGUAGCUGGUGGUGAGUUCCCACCUCCACCAGCUGCUUCAUCUUUGCUGAAACUUCUCCCACCUCCACAAUGUUUUCACGGUCCUUUUGUUGAUGUGGAUAGAUUUUUGGAGCAUUUCUUAGAUUUGGAAGUUCCUGACGAUUAUAUGGACGUGGUAGCCGGUGAAUCAGAAGAGUUAACUGUUUGCAUUGAUUCUGGUACUGCCCUGUCUAUUGAAUUGGCUAGCACAGCGACUUCAACUGCUCCUCUACUUUUGGCUGCACGUAAACGUCGACAACACUUGGCCUUAGAGAAUUUAACAAAUCCUAAUAAUCGUGCCUCGAGUGGUAAUCAAGCGAAAUUGCCUAAAAUUGCAAGUCUCAAUGCAUUCGGUGACUCAGAAGAUGAAGGCGGUAAUGAAGAUGAUGAUGAUGAUGACGACGAAGAUGAACGUGCUGCUGCUCUUUUAGGCGGGGCGAUCCUCGGGACAGGAGCACAGUUACGACAUACGCUUACAGCUGCUGCUUUAAACUGUAGCGCCCCGAUGGAUUUGUACAGAGUACGACAAUUGCAAAAAGCUAAGCGAUAGAUAGGUGUGUUCGGUUGCCCAUAAAAAAAGUAUCCCAUCCUAAUUGUAAAAAUGCUUAUUUCUUUGGUUUCUUUUUCUUCAAUGAAUUCUCGAUUUGUCUAUAUGAUAAAUUGUAUUUCUUCCUGGUUUGUUUAACUCACUUCCGGUGUGUAUAAUUUCACCUGUUGUCAACACUGGUAUUAUUUGUAGUGGGUUGGUUAAAAUUUAUUUUUAAAGUACGUC